AUGGCUUCUUUCCAACUUGAUGACCAGGUUCUAGUACAAGAGACUAUGUUCGUGAGAACAUUGACCUUGAACAGGCCUCGCCAACUGAACACCCUUUCCCUUGAAAUGAUCUCUCAACUGUCAAAACUUUUCUUGGCCUAUGAGGACGAUGCCAAUGCCAAGUUGAUCAUUCUCAAGGGUAGAGGAAGAGUGCAGGCAAUUGAUAGCAACAUACAGUAA